ACAAAAUGACAUCAGUAAUAAGCAGAGAUUUUACUGUCAGAAAUAAAUUAAAGUAAAAUGUUCAAGCGUGUACGCUAUACAGCAAUAAUUACUUAAUAUUGUGAUUAGUUAAAUAGAUAUAUUAAGUGGUGUUUCCAUAAUGAGCCUUAUUUAUAUUUAAACAUCUAACAGUUCUAGUGAAGUGCAUUUGAUGAAUUUAGUGUAGUGUAAUUGUAAAAUACAAAUAAAAAUGGAUGUCGUCGGCAGCGAAAUUGGGCAGAAAAUGCGGUCAGCCAUCAAGGCCAAGCUGACUGAGUUGGGGUGCUAUGUUGACGAUGAAUUACCUGACUAUGUGAUGGUGAUGGUUGCCAACAAGCGCACUCGAGCGCAGAUGGAAGAUGAUCUGCAGUUGUUCCUGGGUGACAACACUGAGCUGUUCGUCAACUGGCUACACCAAGUAUUAAAGAAGCUGCAGGAAGUUACUGUAGCCACUCCUCUCAAAACAGCUGAACGUGAAAAAAGCAAAGAGAGAUCGGAUUCGAAAGAGAGAAAAAGUAAAGAAAAGAAAACUAAAGAGAAACAAAAGAAAAGUGAUGUGAAAAAGUCAAAGAAAAAAGAUAAAGAAAAGCUUUUUCGUAAGAAGGAUGACAAGAAAAUUCACAAGACUAAGAAGAAGAGUAAACAUCACGAUAUAAUUCGUCCGAACAUACCACCAUUGCUUAUGAACAUGGAGAAGGAAUCUGAACCUUCGAUCACAGAUGUGUUUGCUGGCCAAAUACUUAAAAACCAUGGAAUUACUCUUGAAGUAACUCAAGAAGAAUCAAAGCCGGAGAAAAAGCCUGUUGUAGUGGAACCUAAAAGGCCAAUUCUACCUAUAAUAGACCCUGCAACAAUAUCAUCACAACCAGAACAAUUAGAGACAGAAGAAGAUUCUAGAAGAAAUAGUCUAUCAUCCCUCGGUGCCCCAAAAGAAGAUCAAAUUAAAGAGAUAAACCAAAUUGAAGCUAAGAUACAAGGGUUAAAGCAGAAAUUGGCGGAGCAACUAGAUUCAAUGUCAGACGAUGAAGACUUCUUGAAUAUAAGGACGGAAGCUGAAGAGUUGAUGAAUGAUUUUGCUGAAGAUGUGUUUCAGGAAAUAUCACAACAGGCGCCACAGGUUCCAGCCCCAGUCACAGUAACUCCACCAAUGGAGCAGUCCAAAUCUCCUAGUCCCCCACCUCUCCCUAAACCCACAGAGCCCCCAAAAGAGCUCCCUAAGGACCCCAUAGAGACGUUACCACAUAUAGAACUAAAACUCCCUAAAAGACCUGUAAGGGACAGGUUAGGGAUCCGAGAAGAACCUAAAAAGCCAGAAGUGAAGGAAAAAGAAGCGAAAAGGACAGAGAGCCCCGAAAGAUUUACACCUGAACGCGAGCCAAACUUCUGGCCCCCAAAUAAAUCAGCCAAGAGUCGGCUCGGGGAACAUCCAGAUGCUUCCAAAAGAAGUUCUGUACCCGAGGAGAAAGUGGUAGAAAAACCAGAACCACCACCUAAAAAAUUGACAUCAAAGGUAUCAGUGUUAGAGAACCGUCCUAGUCGUGCAAGUUGCGCCAGUGUGGUGCGAGUGAGGCCACGACCUCGAGUGUCCACGCCAGCCAACAGUUUGCUACUCAGGGCUGUUGCUGAUGCUCACAAAAGCUUGCUCAAUGCACCACCAAAAGUUGAAACAGAGCCACAGAUCAAACGCGCGCUAGUGCUGCCGAUGCGGCGAUGUGUGGAAGCUCAGAAGAUAGUCAUACAAGUACCUGCAGACACAUCACAGGUGGACGACCGAGGUGACAGUAUUAGUCUUGGGGACAACGACAGCGAAGAUGAAAAGAGUUCCAAAGUAGCGAGUGAUGUAGAUAGAGAAGAAUACAUACCGGCUCCCAUCACGAAGAAGAUUGUCAACAGCGAGUACACGCCCUCAAAGAGGAAUGAAGGCAGGACUGCUAGUAGGAAGGACGACACUCUCAUUAUAGAGACCAUCAACAUACACAACCCUUCUGUGGACAAAGACAAGAACACACAAUUCAUAGUCACAAUGGAUGGUUACCAUCCAAACGCAUUUCUAGCAAAGAAACUACUCACAGAAGGAUUACUAAGCGAAGAAGAUGAAAUCAAAAAACUAGAAUCAUCAGAUACUGUAAAAACUCCAGAGAUUAAGGAAACCAAAGCAGUAGAAGAAGAAAAAAAAGAGGCACCACAGAAGAAAAGACUUAGUAAUUCUAGUGCGGAGAGUGAAACUCAAGUUAUUAUUAAAAAAGAAGAUAAAGUUGAGAAGAGAAAGAGUACAGAAGUAUUAAAGCUUGACCCUGUACCUGUUAAGAAGAGAAGAGCGUCUCCUAUAGUGUUUGAUGUCGAUAAGAAGAAGGAAGAGAAAGAGCCGGAGAGAGUUAGAGAGAGAACAGAGAGUGCGAGCAGUGACCAACAUGUUACUGUUGCAACUGUCACUAAUACACAUAAAUAUGAUUCUGUGCCACCUUUAAGUGCAGCUGAGCGCAAGUUAGUAUGGUGUCGUUCGUUCCCGCUGUGUCGGUACGGCAGCGCGUGCGCGUUCGCCCACCCGCGCUGCAAGUUCGCGGCCGCCUGCACGCGCCGCAACUGUGUCUACUCACACGCGCACAACGCGCUCACCCCACCCACUACACCUGUGUCGCCUGUUAUCGCAUCACACGUGGUCCCAGCAGCAAACUACAAGACGAUAUCAGCAGUAGUCCCGAAUAUGUGCAAGUUCUACCCAAACUGUGUGAAUCCUACGUGUCACUACUACCACCCAAAACCCUGCCGCUACGGCAAGGCGUGUGUCAACAAAUUAGAAUGCAAUUUUUAUCACGCAGAUGUUCCUGCGAAAUGGAGAUACCCUGUGUAAAAUAUAUUGUCUGAUUAAUAUAAAUUA